AAUACCCUCAUGGAUAACAUGUUUGCCACGGGUUUGUUGGACGAUCAGUUCCGACAGUUGCAUAUGCUCCAUGAAGGGAGUUCCCCAGACUUCAUUAUCGAGAUCAUUACACUCUUUUGUAAGGAAGGCGAGUGGAUCAUCAAUGAUCUCGCAAAGCUAUUGAACAAGCCAUUUGUGGACUUCAACAAGGUCAAUACUCUUUUGUAUAGGCUUCAGGGGAGCAGUGCAACUGUUGGUGCUCAGAGAGUGAAGGACACAUGCAUUCAGUUCCACAAGUUUUGCGAGGACAAUACUAGAUAUGGAUGCCUAGAUACAUUGGAUGUUGUUAGGAAUGAUUUCUAUGAUCUGCGUAGCAAGUUCCAGAUCAUGGUUCAGCUGGAGCAGCAAGUCUGGACCUUCUAUCGUAAGCAUUAA